UCGAGUAUUCUCGAGUAUUCUCGAGUAUCGCGUGUAUGUUUCGAGCCAAGUGUCAAACAGACAAAAAAGAAUGGACUUCGAAAGUCCGGAUGUUGAAAAAGAAUUUCCAGGACUUUACGCAUCGGAAUCAGCCAAGAAGAGUAACGAGAGUGAUUUCAGCGACGAAGGUGGUCACGAGAAACAUUCAAAAAAGGAACUUCUCGGUGGUAAACGAAAAGAAAAGAAAGAUCGUAAAGAUAGGGGAUAUGCCACUUUAGAAGGUGAAAGUUCACCAGACGAGGAUCAAGAAACAAAGAGCCCAUCAAAAUCAAAGAAAACCAAAGCUUUUAAAUUUCCUUCAAAAAAGGAAAAACGGGAAAAAUCUCGAGAAAAAGAAACUAAGGAAAAGGAUGUCGAAAAAGAUAAAGAUAAGAAAAAGAAAGAUAAAGAUGAUAAAGACGCAGAGAAGGAUAAACGUAAGGACAAAGAAAAAGAUAAAUCUAAGCAAAAAUUAAAAGAUAGAAAGAAGGGAAAACAUGGUGAAGAAGGUUUAGAUAUUGGUGAGGAGCAACCAAUAUUUGGAAUCUGUUUAAGUCUUGCGGUUGAAAGAAGUCGAUGUCAUGAUGGUGUUGAAUUACCCUUAGUUGUACGCGAUUGUAUUGACUAUGUAGAAGAACAUGGCAUGAAUAUAGAAUGCCUGUAUAAAAUCCCUGGGGUUAAAUCUAAAAUACAAAAUUUAAAAAAACUUUAUAAUCAACGAGAGAUUGUAAAUAUAGCAGAAUUUGAACCCACGGUAGCUACAAGCUUAUUAAUACUUUUUCUUAGAGAAUUGCCAGAACCUGUUUUAGAGAAUAGUGAAAUGAUAUCAAGAUUUGAACAAGCUGCAUCAACGAAAGAAAUUGCUCAACGGGAAUCACAAUUAUUUCAAUUAACGCAACAAUUGCCAAAAUGCAAUAGAACUCUCCUCGCAUGGAUCACUCUACAUUUAGAUCAUGUUGCAGCACGUGAAAAAACUACUAAAAUGAAUGCCCAAACAAUAUCGAUGACAUUAAGUCCAGUUUUACAAAUGAGUCAUAGAUUAUUAUCCGCCUUACUUUUUCAUUGUAAAGCGCUCUUCCCUGAUGUACAAUUGAAAAAGUACAUUCCACCACUUGCAUCUGGUAGUACAAAUUUACCAGAAACUGUAGAAAGUAUAGCGGCUGAAUUAAUCAAACAGGAAUCAUUAUUAUCACAAAUUCAUAUGCAAAUGAAUGCAGGCUUCGUUACUAAAUCAAAAGAAGAAGAAUUAUGGGAAGUUCAGCGUAUGAUAACACAAUUAAAGAGAAAGUACAAAACAGUUCAGAAACUUGAAGGCACUGCACAAAAAAGUUUAGACGAAGAAGUGAAGUCUAGCGAUGAGAAUCCCUUAGAUCCAAAUUCACAAAAAGCAAAAGUUAUAGAAAAGGAAACUGGACAUUUAAAAAUCGAGGGAUUGAAAUCAUCUAACACAACUGUAAAAAAAAAUAAUCAACAGCAUAAUGCAGAGGAUAUUAAGGAUAAGUGUCCAACUUGUACAGGAUCGAAUACGAAUAUUAUUAAAAAUGAACGAAAAUUAAAUUCGCAAGAAUUAGACGUAGUAGACUCAGUUGAAUCAUCUAUUAUGAUUCAAAGUAAAGAACAAGAAAAUAAUACAACAUCUAAAGGAGAUAAUGCUGAAAUUGAAGCAGAGAAUGCUGUAGCUAAAUUAAGAGAAAGUUUAAUUUACGAAGAGUUAUUAGAUAUGCAAGCAAUAUUAAAAUCUCGUAUUACUCAAGAAAAAAGUGAAAUUAAACGACUAAAAGAAGUGCUUCUUAUGAUAACAACACGAGAACCAGAUAAGAAGCCAAAACCAAAAGAAAGAGUUCACUCUCCAAACGAAGCUGAGAUAACAGCAAUGAUACAAUUAGCCAAAGAAAAUCAAUUAUUAGAGAAAAAAAUGACAACUUUAAUACGUAGUAUUAUUGAAGAAAAAGAUGCUUGCGUAGAAUUGCGUGUCCAAAUAGCAAUUCAUCAACUAAUGGCAAAAACUUGACCAUAAAAUCGUUAUAUUGAUUCUUUAAUAAUGUUAUAAUAAUAACAUGACAAAAAUAAUUUAAUGAAUAUUACGUUUUGCACAAAAAAGAAUAUAUAGUUUAUAACAUGUUAUAAUUCCUAUAAUCCUUAUAAAUUUAUAUUCUAUGAGUCUUCAAAAUAAUAAGAGAGUACUUUUUUAUACUCUCAGCAAACAAAAACCUUUCAAUAUUUUACAGUUUAAAAAUACAUUAUUCUAUUAUUGCACAUAAUGUCUUAUAAUCAUGUUAAUUGUGAUUGUAUCAUUCCAGUAAAGAAUGACUGAUUAUCAAUAGAAUAGAAAAGAUUAAAUACAAUCAACACAUAUUUUGACUAUUUAAUUUCUAAUCAAUAUUAAAGAAAUCA